GGGAUGGGGUGGGGGCCAACCUGUCCCCGCCUUCACACCCUUGGUAGGGGUAGACAAUAAAGAGAAGAAAAGCAGGAGUCUGGGUAUUGGGGGUCCAGGCUGGGCCUGAGCUGUCAUUGAGGAGUGGGGGGCAGAAAGGGAAGUUCACACACAGGAAACCACAGGCAAGCAGAGCAGAGAAGAAAGCUUGGAGUGGUCUGGGGGACUGGACUCAACAGGCCCCCAGGAGUCCAAGAAGACCCCACUGCAGCCGUCUGACAAUGAUUGGUGUGAUUCAGUCAGCCACACACCAGUAUCACCUUUAAUUCUUACACACCCUGGACGUAGGAAUUAUCAUGCCCAUCUUUCAUAUGAGGAAACUGAGGAAUCAGAGAGCUUUGCCCAGGGUCACGCAAUCAGGAUUUGAACCUGUAUGUCUCAGGCCCCCACAACUCAACCACUGAAGGAGACUGAAGCAGAGACCAGGGUCCCGGUAGGAAGGUGACUGCAGAUAGGCUCUGAGGGCGGGGCUGUGGCUUCUCUGAUCUCAGGGCCUUUCUCCACCGCCCAGGCCCCGCCUCUACCCCUCCCAGCGUUGCCUGGAAGUGUGGGGUGAGAGCUCCUCUUAGGACACCCCUUCCACUUAGGGAAAGAAUCGCGCCCCCCAGGCUCUACCCAGGAGAGGAUCCUCUCCUUCUUCCUCAUCAGCACUCCACCUACCCCCGGGGCAGGGAGUACCGACACCUGCAUCCCCACCCUCCAGGCCCCAGGGCCCACUGGCCCCGGAGCAGUCAAGCUGAGAUGACGGUCAAGCUAGAUUUUGAGGAGUGCCUUAAGGACUCACCCCGCUUCCGACCAGAUGGACCCAAGCUCUGUUCCUGUGACCCCAUCCCUCCUUUCCCAGAGCCUCUAUCGAGCUGGUGGAAGCCGAAGUGUCGGAAUUGGAGACCCGGCUGGAAAAGCUCCUCAAGCUGGGUAAUGGCCUCCUGGAAAGUGGGCGCCACUACCUUGCCGCCAGCCGGGCCUUCAUUGUUGGCAUUUGUGACCUGGCCCACCUGGGUCCACCAGAGCCCAUGAUGGCGGAGUGUCUGGACAAAUUCACUCAGAGCCUGAGCCACAAGCUGGACAGCCAUGCAGAGCUUCUAGAUGCCACCCAGCACACACUGCAGCAGCAAAUCCAAACUCUGGUCAAGGAAGGUCUCCGGGGCUUCCGAGAGGCUCGCCGGGAUUUCUGGCGGGGGGCUGAGAGCCUGGAGGCUGCUCUGACCCACAACGCAGAGGUCCCCAGGCGCCGGGCCCAGGAGGCAGAAGAGGCCGGAGCUGCUCUGAAGGUUGCUCGAGCCGGGUACCGGGGACGGGCCCUGGAUUAUGCCCUGCAGAUCAAUGUGAUUGAGGACAAGAGGAAGUUUGACAUCAUGGAGUUUGUGCUGCGUCUGGUGGAGGCCCAGGCCACCCAUUUCCAGCAGGGCCACGAGGAGCUGAGCCAGCUGGCCCAGUAUCGCAAGGAGCUGGGUGGCCAGUUACACCGGCUGGUCUUGAAUUCGGCUCGAGAGAAGAGGGACAUGGAGCAAAGACACGUGCUGCUGAAACAGAAGGAGCUGGGUAGGGAAGAGCCAGAGCCAAGCCUAAAGGAGGGGCCUGGUGGCCUGGUCAUGGAAGGGCACCUCUUCAAACGGGCCAGCAAUGCAUUUAAAACCUGGAGCAGACGCUGGUUUACUAUUCAGAGCAACCAACUGGUUUAUCAGAAGAAGCACAAGGACCCUGUGACUGUGGUGGUGGAUGACCUUCGUCUCUGCACAGUGAAGCUCUGUCCUGACUCAGAAAGGCGGUUCUGCUUUGAGGUGGUGUCCCCCAGCAAGUCCUGCCUCCUGCAGGCUGACUCAGAGCGCCUUCUGCAGCUGUGGGUCAGUGCUGUGCAGAGCAGCAUCGCUACGGCCUUCAGCCAGGCUCGCCUUGAUGACAGCCCCCGGGGUCCAGGCCAGGGCUCAGGACACCUGGCCAUGGGCUCCGCCGCCACCCUGGGCUCUGGCGGGAUGAGCAGGGGAAGGGAUUCUGGUGGAGUCGGGCAUGUGGCAGCCCAGGUGCAGAGCGUGGACGGCAACGCCCAGUGCUGUGACUGCCGGGAGCCGGCCCCUGAGUGGGCCAGCAUCAACCUGGGCGUCACCCUCUGCAUUCAGUGCUCCGGCAUUCACAGGAGCCUUGGAGUUCAUUUCUCCAAAGUCCGGUCCCUGACCCUUGACUCAUGGGAGCCGGAACUCGUGAAGCUCAUGUGUGAGCUGGGGAAUGUCGUCAUGAAUCAGAUCUAUGAGGCCCGCGUGGAGGCCAUGGCCGUGAAGAAGCCAGGGCCCAGCUGCUCCCGGCAAGAGAAGGAGGCCUGGAUUCACGCCAAAUACGUGGAGAAGAAGUUCCUGACCAAGCUUCCCGAGGUUCGUGGGCGAAGAGGUGGCCGGGGGCCCCCGAGGGGGCAGCCUCCUGUGCCCCCAAAGCCGGGCACCAUCAGGCCCCAGCCUGGGAGCUUCAGACCCAAGCCAGAGCCACCCUCUGAGGACCUGGGCAGCCUGCACCCUGGGGCCCUGCUCUUUCGAGCUGCUGGGCAUCCUCCAUCCCUUCCCACCAUGGCUGAUGCCCUCGCCCAUGGAGCCGAUGUCAACUGGGUCCACGGGGGUCAGGAGAAUGCCACACCGCUGAUCCAGGCCACAGCUGCUAAUUCUCUUCUGGCCUGUGAGUUCCUCCUCCAGAACGGGGCAAACGUGAACCAAGUGGACAGCCACGGCCGAGGCCCGCUCCACCACGCAACCAUUCUUGGCCACACGGGGCUGGCCUGCCUAUUCCUGAAACGGGGGGCCGAUCUGGGAGCCCGAGACUCUGAAGGCAGAGACCCCCUGACCAUCGCCGUGGAAACAGCCAACGCUGACAUCGUCACUCUGCUGCGAUUGGCAAAGAUGAGGGAGGUCGAUGCGGCCCAGGGCCAGGCUGGAGACGAGACGUAUCUCGAUAUCUUCCGCGACUUCUCCCUCAUGGCGUCCGACAACCCGGAGAAGCUGAGCCGGCGUAGCCAUGACCUACACACGCUUUGAUCCCAGGCCUUCGAGGGCCCGCACCUCCCAUCCCUGCCCUUCCCACCGCCCUCCCCUUUCUAUUAAAGCCUUUGUGCUUUGCUCUUCAAAGUUCAUUUAUUGAGCAUCCCCGUCGGGCGGGUGAGGUGUAGGACACUGAGGCUUCUGGGGUGCAGGAGCGAUUGGGAGUUUGCGAACUGGAGUCACUCGAGGGGCGACUCCCGGGGAGUGAACUGGGAGCUUCGGCCUCGGCCCGAGUGCCGGGCGGCUCUGAGGCGGGGCUGGCGGGCUCAGGAGACGUGGUCAGACCCGUCAGGCCCGGCAGAGGCCGCUUGCGUGGGCUGGGUCCAGCCUUCUCUGGGGGGGAUGGGGGGUGCUGGCAUAGGACCGGGAUGGAGAGGCUGGCUCGGGCCACCCCAGCCCGGAAGCAUCCCUGGAAUGCGGCAACUCAGCACCCGCCCCCUCGGGAAUUCCCUGCGGGAGCGACUAAAAAGGAACUAAUCCAAAACCCCCGACGGCUGGGCCUCAGUUUUUUUAGCUGCCGGAUAGGAGACGCCGGCCCCCGCCGAGUUGCAGACGUGAGGUCGGGCACACCUAGGGGCCGGCGGGGCCGUCACGGCCACAUCCUUAACGACGCGCCUGAGUCACCCCCCGGACCCCACCCGCGCUAGCGUCCGCCAGUCCAGCCCGUCAGCCCCGUCUCUCCAGUUCGCCACUCCGCUUCCACCACCACCGGAGCCGCGCGCUCCGGGCGGGGGCGGGGCGCCCAGGGGGCGGGGCUGCCUCUUAAAGGGCCCCCGGCCGCUGCCCUUAGGCCACCUCCUUGGGGCGGAGAGUACUUAAGCGGCUGCGGCGAAACCCGGAGAAGGCGGCGGCGCCCGGUCCCGAGACUCCCGGCUGCUUCCAUAGGAGUCCUAGGACCCUCCCAGCUCGGAUUGAGCGUGUAUCUUCGCUCCCCAGCCGAUACAGAGGCACCUCCGCCAUCGGCUCCGGUCAGCCUCGCCUCCUUCUCCUGGGACCAGCGCCGGAGCCAGGCCAGGCCAGGCCUCUGACUGGCCCCCGGAGCCCUGCGUGGACUCGCCCACGGUGACAGCGGUCUGCCCGAGAAGCUGGUCCCUUCAGAGUCGGCCUUGUGCUCGCCACCGUCACCUGCUGGUUGGAUUGCGGAAACCCACUGUCAGAAGACCACAGAAAGGAAUCGCCGACCACCCAGAAUUGGAUGCGUGUGGACCUAAAUCUCCCGUCCCUCUCUGACUUCCCUCUGCUCGUUUCAUCCGUUGUCUCAACCUUUCUGGCGUUUCUGUGCCCGGAAACCAUCCUCCACCACCCAGGUAGCUGGGGUGAGCCCCCAAUCUUGCUGCCUUGUACUCCAACCUGAGCCUCCGACCCAGAGACAGUCUGAACCUUACGACCCAAUUCUGCACACAUCCAGGAAGUUCUGCCUUUUCUUCUCUUUCGGUGUCUUCGAUACUUCUCAAAAUUUCUCCUCCUCCUGUGCCCUCCUCGCCCCCCUCCUUUGGGGGCCCCGUGACCCUGAAUGUCGGGGGCACGCUAUAUUCCACUACUUUGGAGACCCUGACUCGAUUCCCAGACUCCAUGCUGGGGGCCAUGUUUAGGGCUGGUACUCCCAUGACCCCCAACCUCAAUCCCCAGGGAGGCGGCCACUACUUUAUCGACCGAGAUGGCAAGGCCUUCCGGCACAUCCUCAAUUUCCUACGGCUGGGCCGCCUGGACCUGCCCUGUGGAUAUGGGGAGACAGCGCUUCUCAGGGCAGAGGCUGACUUUUACCAGAUCCGGCCCCUCCUGGAUGCCCUGCGGGAACUGGAGGCCUCUCAGGGGACCCCGGCACCCACAGCCGCCCUGCUCCACGCAGAUGUAGAUAGCAGCCCCCGCCUGGUGCACUUCUCUGCUCGUCGGGGCCCACACCACUAUGAGCUGAGCUCUGUCCAGGUGGACACCUUCCGGGCCAACCUCUUCUGCACCGACCCUGAGUGUCUGGGUGCCAUGCGUGCCCGAUUUGGUGUGGCCAAUGAGGACAGGGCGGAGGGAGGCCCACACUUUCAUCUGGAAUGGGCCCCCUGCCCUGCAGAGCUCCCCGAAGUGGAGUACAGGAGACUGGGGCUGCAGCCGCUGUGGACUGGGGGGCCAGGAGAGCGACGGGAGGUGGUGGGCACUCCGGGCUUCCUGGAGGAGGUGCUGCGGGUGGCCCUGGAGCAUGGCUUCCGUCUCGACUCCGUCUUCCCUGACCCCGAAGACCUGCUCAACUCCCGAUCUCUGCGCUUUGUCCGGCACUAGGAACUGAGAACUAGGAAUGCUGCCUUCAGUUUGACUGUGUGGGCGAGGGGGGGGUUAGAAAGAAUGGGUCAGUAAAGAGGGUGAAGUCUCUCCUGAGCCUCUUCCUAGCUCUGCUCCUGGAGCUGUGAGAGUCAGGGGCCCCGUUGCACCUGACUGGAGCCCAGAUGUGGGCAGGAAUCCCCAAACCGGAGAGAGCCCAAGGGCUCAUGACACCAGAGGGUCUGGACUGGUGCUAAUCCUGGGAGGGGUGGGGAAGCUUCCGUGGCUGGUCCUCGCCUGAGCCUGGGGACCUUCGGUGUUUCCUUGCUUGGAGCUUAGUAUCCAGGGUCUGGAAAAGUGGGGAUGCUUCUCUGCCCAGGCUAGGCUUAGCAGAACCGUGGAGGCACAGUGAGGUUUGGGGGAAAUGAGAGACUUUAGAUUGCUCUAAUGUGGUCUUCUGGACUGUGACUUCUCCUGGAGCUGGUGGCCUGGCCUGGCCUGACCAAUGAUAGGUCAGAACACUCUGAAACACGGGAAGGGAGAUUCUUUGCUGUGUUCCAAGCCACCACUGAGGGAGACAGAAGGGCUACACCCCAUCCUAGCUUGGCACAAGGGAGCUAGGAGAAUCCCCAUUAACUAUGGGGCUGGAGCAUCCCUCUGGAGAUCCAAGUGUUUUAAAGGAUCCCAUAUUGAUGGUGGGGCUGGCCAUGGGGAGGAGCAGGACAUCUCCUUGCGUCCUCGCCUUCCUUCCUUCAUGUGAACGUGCCUGUUAGCCAGUGAGUCUGACUGAUGCAUGGGUCCCUGGCAUCCUGGCUCCCAUCCAUGUCGCUGGAGGUGGUGUCUGUGUGCUGGCUUUUCUGUGGUCUCUGCGUGUCCAGGCCUGUUUGGGGUUGCUCAGAAACUAUUUUGGCACCAGGUGUGUCCGCGGUAUGGGUGUGAGUAGACUGAGAAUUAGGUUAAUCCCAAGGUGUGUGUGUGUACAUGUGCUUCACAUCACCACGUAGGCAGGAGGGGCCUGCUGGGCUUUGAGUCACUAGGAUCUUCUGGUGAGAAGUAAGAGAAGUCACUGGGCUUAGCUGGGCCUUGGAGGCCUGUAUAGAACUCUCGGUUACUAAGGCAACAAUGAGCCUGUUGCUAGGAGAUAGCUGGGGAAGGCCCAAGGCUGCCCAGGGCAGAGAGGAGAUGAACAGAAGAGUUUGAGAGAGUGGGGGAGGAUAUGGAAAGGGAUGGGAUACUCACAAACAACUUCUCCACUGGGGGAGUCACUUAUUAUUUAUCACUGGUCAUGAUUUACAAGAAGAAAAAUAAAGUUUCUCUUGGAACCACAAA